GUUUCUGGACAAAUACAGGAGAUGGUUUAGCCUGGGACUUGAAAUUCUACUCGUUUAAGUUCUUUGGAGAGAAGAGACUGCCUCAAAGGGAGUGGAUGAAGAGAGAUGGCAUGAUUGCCCAUUUCCCCCUCCCGGCCAGACCUCCAAACUGCCUGCUAGCUUCCUCAAACUUCCUGCCAUUCAAAGCAGCAGCUCCCAGAAGGCCUGUGCCUGGUCUCAGUGGGGAGACGGUGGGAGCUGGGCAAAGAGGAAAAGGUGAACAGACAGCAGGCACGUGGCAGGAAACUAGGCAGUCCCUGGCCCUAGAUUCAAAUCCUGGCUCUUACCUGUUAACUGGGCCCUCGGGAAAAUUACUUCAAAUAUCAGGGUGAAUGUUUGUUGAGUUUUAAAAGGGCCUCCGUUUGCCUAUCGGUAAAAUAAAGGGGUCGGGGUGCCCGACUAUAUGUUCUUUACUCCGGCCCCUUCAGCUCUUAAUUCUCUAAUCCUAAUUACAGCUGUGCGACUCUGGGUAAAUAAGUUCCCCUCAAGCGGCCUCAGUUUCCUCAUCUGUAAAAUGGGGGUUUGACAAGAGCAGUCUUUAAGGCCUUUCAGCAGGCCUGACGGGGCUGAGGAGCCCAGGUCCGGCUCCCCGCGGCUCGCACCCAAACAAAUCAAGGAUGCCCUCUGCCCCGUCGCGGCACUGCCUAUUGCUGCUGGCCGUGCCCCUCGGAGGCUCCCGCCCCCUUCCCUACGGGCCUCUGCCCGCAGCUUCCCCGGAAGUCGGCUUUUCAAAUGGACUCUGCUACAGCGGCUGCCAUCCGCGGCAACGGCAGCGGGGAGAGGGCGGAGGCGGGACUUCCCGUCUCGUGCCCAAGUAGCUUCCGUCGCGAGCCGGAAGACCCGGUCCUGAAAGGAAUCAGGGGCUGCCGAUGCCCCCCCGCCCCACCUCCCCCGGACGGGCAGCUCAGACCCAGUGAGAAUUCCAGCCAUGGAACCACCUGAUACCACCCUCAUUGAAGGCGUGGGCAAUGAGGUGACAGUGGUGGUAGGUGUGGUGGUGCUGGUGUUGGCCCUCAUACUGGCCUGGCUUUCCACCUACGUGGCAGAUGCUGGCAGUAGCCAGCUCCUGGGCACCAUUGUGGCAGCUGGUGACACCUCUGUGCUCCGUCUUGGUCACGUGGAACACCUGGUCGGGGGGCCAGGCACCUCGGAGCCAGCUGAGCCUGCCCAUCUUGAAGAGGGUACUGAGGAGAAAUCUGAGGAGGAAGGUGGGGGGGACUCAGCAGGUGAGCCUGGUGCUGGGGGCGGGGUUGAGCCAGGCCUGGACCACCUGCUUGACAUACAGGGGCUGCCUAAUCGGGCAGCUAGUGGUGAGGGCAGCAGUCCGGAAGCUUCCCUGAGGUCUGAGGGUAGCACCCACCUUCUGCCUAACCCUGGCCUCAUCAACGUUCGGCUCAAAUUCCUCAAUGACACAGAGGAGCUGGCGGUGGCCAGGCCUGAGGACACCGUGGGCACCCUCAAGAGCAAAUACUUUCCUGGGCAGGAGAGUCAGAUGAAGCUGAUUUACCAAGGCCGCCUACUGCAGGAUCCAGCUCGAACCCUUCGCUCCCUAAACAUCACUGACAACUGUGUGAUCCACUGUCACCGAUCACCGCCGGGGCCGACAGCCUCUGGCCCCUCCGCCCUGCCCACCUCUCCCACCACAGAGCCUCCAGGUCUCAGCGUCAGUGUGGGCAGCCUCAUGGUGCCCGUGUUUGUGGUGCUGCUGGGUGUGGUCUGGUACUUUCGUAUCAACUAUCGACAGUUCUUCACAGCACCUGCCACUGUUUCUUUGGUAGGGGUCACUGUCUUCUUCAGCUUCCUGGUUUUUGGGAUGUAUGGACGAUAGACGCCAUGGGGGCGGGAAGAAGAGCCACGGUCUUCUUUCUCCUCCCUAUUUCCCUGCCCAGAGUUGGGUGCCAAGGACCCCAGGGCCAGUGGUGGUCGGUGAAAGGGGUGUGGGCCCUCCAUGGGAGGUAGGCAUGUGGCCUCUUCCAUGCCCUCAACUCUACCCCGAGCAGGGUGAUCAUGCCCCUUCCCCUGCCCAUUAACAACUCUCAGGUAGAAAUGAGGAUUCCCCCCGCACCCCCCCCCACAGAGACACGCAUACCCCUGAUGCCAGUGUGAGUGAUUGCCCUCCCUUUGGGUGGGCUCUGUGCUGAUGGUCCCACUUGAUAGAGGUGCAGGCUUAAGUGACCCUAGAAUAUAGAGGGGGCCCCUUGCCAGCUGCCACCAUCUCUUUUGUGUGCCACCAGCUUUGCACACACUGGAGCCCCUGGCCUGCCUUCUUCCUGCAUGGCCACUCUCAUAUUGGGCAGCCAGCUAGGGGAGCAUAGCAGUAUCCACAGCGUGCUUCUGCCAGGGGCAACAGAGCCCCUGUACCUAGUCAUCAGCCAAACUGCCUCCUCUUGUUUCUGUGGUCAAGUCAAUAGUUUCUUUAUAAAAUGACCAAAUCUAGUCUGUUUCAAGAAGGGGUGAGCAGGGCCAAGGUACCUCCUUGGACCAGCUCUUCUCUUCAGCCCUUGGCCCCCCCGAGUAGUGAAAGGAUGGUUCUCAUGUUCUGGAAUUUUCAAGGUUUUCCCCUUUUCUAGAGCACUUUGCUUGUGUACUUUUUUUUUUAACAAAGCCCUUUACAGUUGAGGCAGAACUCUGGGAGUCUGAGGCGAGACCCUAGGAUCGAGAAGUGCAGGAAUAGGGAUAGGACUGCUACUGCCUCAAAUCCAAGGCCAGGACACCGUGAAGAAAUGUCUGCACUAUCAUGCCCUCUAUGGUUGAAAUAACUUUGCCCUUGUGGCAUGGAGACUUCUGCCCCUGUGGCUCCUAACUCGAUGGCCACUGUCUGUGAUUGAAUAAAGUUUUGCUUUUGUGGCCAGAUUUGGUCACUCAAAGUU